GCGACCCCCAGCAUUGCCUCAGUACAGCAGACAUCUUUCGUUCGGCGCGGACCGAAAAAUACCGGGAAAUUGGCACUGCUUACCACUACUACUUCGUCGUUUCUGUUCUGGCUUAGAGAGGAAAGCCGAACUGUUGCAGCAAUACCAUAAUUUGGAAAUAAUUGCCGCGAUAGUAGCUACCAAGGAGAGGAAGUGUACAUAUAUUUUUGUUGAUUAUACCUCUAAGCCAACCAAGCCUUUGUCACGACUGGACGAUUGUUUGAUAAGGUGAGGCCUUCUCUUUGACCCCUCUGCGAACUCAAGCACGUACGCACAGAGGAUCUUACGGGGGAAAGACGAGAAAAAAGGCUGAAGUUUCAGUCUUUUUUCGACGUGAGUUCCCCCAACUCCUGACUUGACGACUCACUGCUUCAGGGGUCUGGACGUACGGAUGUUGUGUGUUGUUCGCAUGCGAAGGACGGAGGAGAGAAGGCAGACUUGGACGAGAGAAUUAAACCCCAGAUCUCGAUUACGCCAGAGGUGAAAAUGGAGCGGGCCUGGAGCGUGUGUCGCGAUACUCGGGGUCAAAGGUCACUCUGGAAUCUUCUAUGGACUCAGAUGAAGACCACAGUUUCUUUGUCAUAGCUGGGGACGUGAGACAGAUCUCUUUGGCUAAGGGAGAAAGCAGAGCUUGUCGGACAGCCUCCAGGCGGAGUUCAUGCACCCACCCCCGUCCCCGGAACCCCCACCGGACAUCCCCGAGGAGGAUGAGGCUUGGGCGAACGAGUUCUCUUACGCCUGGGCCUUCAGCAAGGACAGUCAUGAGGACGAGGUGGAGCAGGAGAGGGAAUACCUGACUCAGUGGAUCAACACAAUCAUACACUCCCCCGUCUCCCAGGCACAACUAGAGCGGGAGGCGGACGUCCUCGUCAGAGUGGCUCGUUCGGAAGAGCAGGGCGACCCUGUGGACCCUCAAUCACUGACUGUUGCGACAGAUGACGAGCAGCAAGCUUGUUUUGACGCAGCAGGGAUUUCGAAAUUAACCCCCGAACAGACGCGACACGUAGAUUCAGCGGGAAGAGUUCUUCCGGGCGCUCCAGCGUCAGAGCAGGAAGGAGAGGAGGGACAGACGGCUGUAGAAGACGUUGGGAAGACAGAGGAUGAUCGGCUACAAAAUGGCUUUGGAUCGACGGUUGAGAAAACGGCUUCGAAACAUGUGUUGCAAUACGAGGAACAAACGGUUGUGAAGAAAAGAAAGCAUGACAUUGACGCCCAGGACAUUGACGGUUCUGGCACUCAGGCUACCCACGGGAAAAGCGGUCAACUGGCGUCCCCUACGGGCAGUGACGGAGUGGCCGCUCUCCUGUCACCCGGGACAGGAUGUGACACAGAUAUGUCGGCUAGUGACGACACAGGCAUGUUUCUGUCCACUUCCGAUAUCGACUUUGACGCCACCGACUCCGAACCAUUCCACAGUUCAUCAGAUGCCAGAUCCUCUUCGGAAACCAUGUCAACAGGAGAUGAAACUCCAUACGGCGAAAGUGACGGAGAGUUUGAGGAGGCCCUAGAGCGUCAUUUUCUCUCGGCAAACCAACACGAUGACAGCAUUGAACUAUCCACUACACCUGUUAAUGAAAGUUCUCAGUUUGACCAGUAUAUGAUCAGAACCGAAAUGUUUUCCGAAAGUGCAUCUGAAACAAGUGCCUCUCGAGACAUUAAAUCGGAAAAGGUCGUAGAAACCUCAUCAGUCUUACAAACACCAAUUCGCAUUCCCCAGAACAGGUCCAGCUCUUUGAGAAAUAAAAAGAAGAAUUCCAGCACUAGCUCUUCCGUUGACGACCUGAACAAAUUCCCACACAACAGAUCUCCUCCUCCCAGGGGCAUGGAACCUGACCUGAGCACUUCCGUUGAUGACCUCAGCCGCUUGCCCAUUGGUCCUGAAGGACCAUCUAGACUGAGAUACAGAAGAGGCAAUCCCAGAUCAACGAGGUAUAAUUCGAACCCAGAAACAACUUCUCUUCUCUUGGCGGAUAAAAUUCAGUCCCCUACACAUGAGCAGAAGUCUUUGCAUGGGGAGUAUAGCUCUUCUGCUGAUGAUAUUACCAUAGACCCACCACCAAUGAGCAUUAGCUGUUCUGAUGACGAUUUCAUCAAAACAUGUACGAGACGAUACGCAUCUCUCGGCAGACAACUUGACAUGAGCAGAUUCAGCAGCUCCGUUGACAACCUGUCUGCAACUGGCUGUCGGUCAGAUGGAAUUUAUCUCUGCAGCCCCUACAUUCUCGGAGAGGCAUCAGAGCAUAGUUCUUCCGUUGACGCCAUCAAUGAAUUGGGAGAAGACCAGGAGCUGCUUGUAAGAAGCCCAAGUAAUGGACUUGGGUCCCAGGAUAUUACCAGCAUUCAAGAAGAAGGCCAAGAGGAUUUGGAGCACGAAGUCACACGGCAUCAAGAACGAUUACGUCUGUUUGCAGCGUCAGGAAUGAGUCAAUCUGUGGAUAAGAUCGAGCCGAAACCCUCGAGACAUUUCGGGUCAUCUGUAGAUAACAUUCCAGAAGAGGUAGAUCUUGAGUCUGUUGACCUGAGGCUGGAACUGUCUCAUCUCAGUUCUUUUGUGGACACAAUAAGCAAAACCAGCGAAGAACAAGUCUCUGAGACGACUACGCGAGUUGAAGGUGUCUUAGACGGAGAGCCGGGAGAUUCAUCCUCAAGUCAAGACACAACUAUAAUGAGCAAUGGAGAUUCAUCCUCAAGUCAAGACACAACAACUAUUAUGAACAAUGGAGAUUCAACCUCAAGUCAAGACACAACUAUGAUGAACAAUGCAGAUUCAGCUUUAAGUCAAGAAACACCGAUGACGAACAUGGAAGAUUUGGAAAAUUUGUCACCUCUCGGUGAAACUGGCGAUGCUUCUUCAAACGUCCUACAGAUGGUUUCGACUGAGUUCAAGCCAUUCUUUGAUGAUGUUAAGAGAGCGUUCGGUGAAUUUUCUGACCAGCAAUCUCGUCCAGGUGAUGAAGCGCCCAAUGUUCCCACAGUCACCGACAUAUCCACGGGAGGCAAUUCAGGCCAUGCCAAAACAGGCGAUAUUGCUGCUAUACAUACAUCAGAGGCUACCUCAUUUGAAAUCCGACAUUAUUCCAGUAUUGAGUCGUCAGCCAUGGAUGAUUCUGUGUUCGAAGAGUCGAAUGCAGCUUCAUAUGCUGGGUCUAUCCAUAUCUCCACGUCUGGCACCACGUCACAGUCUUCCGUUGACCCAUCUUUGUUGUUGGACCAAACUAUCGAAGGCGCCUUUGGUGGUUCUGCCAUAAUGCAGGGUGACGGAAAUGUGUCCAAAGAAAUAUACGAGGGCUCCCUUGAAGCUGUGUAUGGAACUAAGGAAGAUAUGACAACUGAACGCCCCACUGGUACCACCGACGAGUCAGCAGAGGCAAUGAGCCCUAACCAGAGCCAAAGAACAGAUGUCCCUGAGAGUGAGUCAUCAGUUGAUGGCAUAUGGCCCACUGAUAAAGCUACCUUUGAAUCCACUGGCGUGCCAGAAGGAACAAAAUCAAAACCUGGAGACACAGAAAACGCAGAAACUGUCGAUAAUUCAGGUGCAACGGAAAUUGAAGAAGGUGUGUUUACUCAUGCUUUGAGUGAAUUAGAAAUGGAGAGGCAGGAAAACAAGCGAUUGUUUGAGCAGUUAUCAGCUCAGGCGUCUCAAUUAUUUGCUAGUCUGCAAACCGAAGGCACACUGAGUACGUUCACAAGAGAAGAAACUGGAAUCACCAGAGAAACAGUAAAAAGCGAAGGAACAGAGGCCACCCAAGUGGGAUUAUCGGCGUCCGAUAUCCAUUACCAGGGCUCAGAAUCAUUGUCAGAAUCACUCUUGAAAAUUGGCUUUGAACAGGAGUCUUCGUUCGUCCACGAAUGUGAGAUGUCCAGUGCCGAUAUAAGCCAAGGAGCCGGAGUUCCGCUAUCAAUAGACGAUGGAAGUCAGGAUUUAGGCUCCGAGGUAGACAAUGGCAUUGUGCUGGGGUACCAAGAUGGUGCAUCAGCUGAUGUUGAAAUGCUCGAGUCUUCUGUUGAUGAAAUGAACAUGAAUUCUACAACACAAUCACUGAAUGAAUACGGGCAACUUCUUGGAUAUGCUGCACAUCUUGAGGCUGGAACCAUAGCUGGGGCCCGUAUAGAGAAUGCGGACGAUGACGUCAUUCCUGUAUCAGAAAACGAUUUCUUAGACAUGCAGAGCUCGGAAAAUGGUGUUGUUCGUCAGGAGCCCGGUCUUGUCUCCACAGAAUCAGAAUCAGACCAAACUGAGGCCCAAGGAGGAGCUAUGGGAAUGGAGCUAGCUGCUGAAAUGUUUAAUGAAGGAGCCGACUCUUUUGUCGAUUAUGUCAAGAGAGAGGAGUCCAACGUAGACGGAGGUAUGGAAAACCCACAGUCUGGACCGGCGACAUCACCAUCGGAAGGGGAGUUUAUGACACCCACUGAUCAAAUUUCUCUCAAUAGUGUUUCUGAAUCAGAGCAAGCAGGAAAUGCAUCUGUUCAUGAUUGGGAUGGUGUGCAAGAAAUCAACAAAAUGCUAGAGUCUGAAGCCUACAGGGCUGAAAUGCUAGAAUCAGAGAAAAUGGCAGAGUCUUCUGUAGACGACACGAAGGAUUUGAAAGUACCAGAGCAAACUUCUGGCCAUGAUACAGGCUCUUCACUUGAAUCAGAGCAAAUGUACGAGUCUUCCGUCGAUGAGAAAAACACCGAAGCCUUUAGGAAUGAAGUUGCAGAAGAGAAUGAUAGGGAAGAUGUUUUUCAAGAGCCAGAGUCAACAGUAGAUUCUUCUGUUGACGACAGUGGUGCUCUGCAAAAGUCUGUGCAAAGUUUGGAGUCUUCUGUUGACGACAGGGAUGACUUGCAAGCUCGGGAGCCAACAUCUGUUAGUGACUCGGAGGCUGCGCUAGAUUCCGUGCAAACACUCGAGUCUUCUGUUGACAACAACAAUGGUUUACAAGAGUCGGAGCACUUUUCUGGUGAUGCCAAAGAUGGUUACACAACCUCAGAACAAGCUUUGGAAUCUUCUGUUGAUGGCAGGGAUGGUUUGCGUGACGAAAAAGAUGUUUUGGAAGAACAAGAGCAAAAGUCAGAAUCUUUUAAUGAUGACAUUGAUGCUUUGUUAGAAUCGGAGCAAGCUUUUUUAACAUCUUCUGUCGAUGACCUGUCCCAAGAGCAAAGAUCCGAAGAAAGCCUGAAAUCUUCUCCAGCGUUGGAACCUUGCAGUGAUGACAAGGGAAGUUUGCAAGAAAUGCAGGAGGCACUUGACUCCUCUGUUGAUAAUAUAGACGGUCUUCAAAAACCAGCGCAACCACUAGAGUCCUUGGUUGAUGAGAGAGCCCAUCUGCAAGAGUCAGAGAAGAUAAUCGAUUCCUCAGUUGAUGACAAAGAUGCCCUCCAUCAAGAAUCCACACAAGAAAUAGAGUCUUCUGCCGAUUAUAAAGAUGGUUUGCAGGUAUUGGAGGCUCCCCCUGAAGUUUUAAAUAGUGAAACAAAUAGAUUACAAGUGUCUGACAAUCAAGUCGUUGACAUAGAGGAUGAGAGUAUGGACGUUGGGGGAGAAGACUUUGAUGCAUUGAAUGACGCAAGCGAAGAAAUGAAUGACUCCCAGCUUAGUGGUUCACAAAGUUUUAGUGAAACCUCUUCUAUUGAUGGGAUACCCUGCUCAUUUGCACCUUGGCCGUCAAAGAUGGCCUCUUCGGAUCCAACUUCAAACCUGGCACAUAAUGAAAAAUCAGAUGCGGCAGUAUGGAUGUCAGAGUCUGGUGAUCCCGGAAUGGAUAUUGAAUCAUCAGUUGAUGAGUACAGCUUGAGUGCAGAUACCACAGAUUCAUCUGUUGAU